CAGAGGCGUGUUGUUGUUUUCAAAACGACUGAGGUUAUGACUGGCGGGAGCGAUUUUCACAAAAGCUAUAACAACAACAAUAAAGACUCUGAGCCCAGGAUGGAUGUAGACAUGGAUUCCGGUCAUUUGGAAAGUGAGCGGGGUGAGCUGGACAGUAAUAUCCCGGCUGCGUGCUCCUCUAACGGCAGUGGCGGGGAGGAGGACGAGGUGGAGGCCGUUGGCCGUGUUAGAGAAGCCGGGAGCUCAAGUAGCCAGCACACCCCGGAUGGAGGCGGAGUGUUCUGCGGCGGCAGGGAGCAGGAGGUGUCGGUCGAAAUUGGGGAGACGUAUUUAUGUCAACGAGCCGACAAGACGUGGCAUACAGCAGAGGUUAUUCAGUCCCGCCUGAAUGAACAGGAGGGCAGAGAGGAGUUCUAUGUUCACUAUGUAGGAUUCAACAGACGCCUAGAUGAGUGGGUGGGUAAGGCCCGCCUGGCACUCACCAAGACUGUGAAGGAUGCAGUGAGGAAGAGCACAGAGAUCGGAGGCGUCGGUGACUUGGGUGAACAGCCUGAAAGGAAGAUCACUCGCAACCAGAAGCGCAAGCAUGACGAGAUCAACCAUGUACAGAAGACAUAUGCAGAAAUGGAUCCGACAACAGCUGCCCUGGAAAAAGAGCAUGAGGCGAUCACCAAAGUAAAAUAUGUGGAUAAGAUUCAGAUAGGAAACUACGAGAUUGACGCCUGGUACUUCUCGCCGUUUCCUGAAGACUACGGAAAGCAGCCCAAGCUGUGGAUCUGCGAGUACUGUCUUAAAUACAUGAAGUAUGAAAAGACCUUCAGACAUCACCUGUCGAACUGUCAAUGGAAGCAGCCUCCUGGCAAAGAAAUCUACCGAAGAAGCAACAUAUCGGUGUAUGAAGUGGAUGGGCGCGACCACAAAAUCUACUGUCAAAAUCUUUGUCUACUAGCAAAACUGUUUCUCGACCACAAGACUCUUUAUUUCGACGUAGAGCCAUUUAUCUUCUAUAUCCUCACUGAAGUCAACAAACAGGGAGCGCACAUCGUCGGCUACUUCUCCAAAGAGAAAGAGUCUCCAGAUGGGAAUAAUGUGGCAUGUAUUCUCACGCUGCCACCUUACCAGCGCAGAGGCUACGGAAAGUUCCUCAUUGCUUUUAGCUAUGAGCUGUCUAAGCUGGAGAGUGCAGUCGGGUCUCCAGAGAAGCCUCUGUCUGAUCUGGGGAAGCUGAGCUACAGAAGUUACUGGUCCUGGGUCCUGCUGGAGAUCCUGAGAGACUUCAGAGGAACGCUGUCCAUCAAAGACCUCAGCCAGAUGACCAGCAUCACGCAGAGCGACAUCAUCAGCACACUGCAGUCGCUCAAUAUGGUGAAAUACUGGAAAGGUCAGCACGUUAUCUGUGUGACACCCAAACUAGUGGAGGAGCACCUGAAGAGCGCCCAGUACAAGAAACCUCCAAUCACAGUGGACACUAUGUGUUUGAAGUGGGCGCCCCCCAAAAAUAAACAAGCCAAGCUGUCCAAGAAGUGAUGGAUGGAGUCAGUGAUGCCACAUUUGUUCAGCAAAUCAAUCUGCCAAGUUCCCCCUUUUCUCCUCAAGUGGCAAAAUCUCUGCUGUUCUGAAAACUGUAUAUAGUCAUUAGUAACAUUUGUCAGUAUUUUCUUAAAAUAUGAAAACAAAAA